AUGGAUGAUUCAACCUCAGAUUAUCAGCUCAAUCAGGGCAAAGUAGAUUUUGAAUUUGAAUCAAAUAAAGUUCCUGAGCCCCUUUCUGUUGUUGAUGAGCAGCUUGUUCCCAAGGUUGGAAUGACUUUUAAAACCCUUGAAGAUGCUGCAAAAUUUUACAAGGACUAUGCCAAAGCUGCAAGUUUUUCUACAAGAGAUGUGAGGAAUUACAUCACGAGAGAAGUGCGGAAUGUUUUGGAACAAGAAGAUGUAAAGAAAUUUGAGAAAUAUUUAUUGAGAAUGAAAGAAAAGAAUCAGAAUUUCUUUUUCGAGCUCGAACUCGAGGACGAUCAAUCGAUUAAGCUUGCUUUUUGGGCCAAUGCAAGGAGCAGAGCUGCCUUUGAGUAUUUUGGAGAUGUUAUUUCAUUUGACACCACCUACAAUACAAACAGGUAUAAUUUGGUUUGUGGUUCUUUUAUCGGGGUGAAUCACCACGGUCAGUCAAUACUUCUUGGAUGCGCUUUGAUGAAAAAUGAAGCAAUUGAGUCGUUCAAAUGGUUAUUUCAAUGUUGGCUUCAUUGCAUGGGAGAAAAUGCUCCGAAAGGAUUUCUCACCGAUCAAUGUGCAUCAAUAAAAAGGGCUAUAGAGGCUUGUAUGCCAACAACAAUUCACCGUUGGUGUAUUUGGCACAUCACGAAGAAGAUCCCAAGCAAAUUAAAUAGGUACAAGGGACAUGCUGAAAUUGAACAAGAAUUGAGCCAAGUUGUUUGGAACUCUCAUAGUAAAGAUUCAUUUGAUAGGAAUUGGAAUUAUUUUCUACUAAAUUUUGGUCUUGUGGACAACAAGUGGCUCUCAGAAUCGGAGGAACUGACUGAAAUUCUGUACCGUGUGUACGAUAACGUCAUGGUUGAGAUGGAAUCAUUGAAAGCCAAAAGAAAGGGGACAUCUUCUUUAUCUCACGAAGAUGCCAACUUAGAAUCCGUUAACGAGCUUCAAAGCUCUCCAAUGAUUCGAACAAGAGGACAUCCAAAAAAUAGGCUAGGUUCAAAGUUAGACAAACAGAUUGCAAAUGCCUCAAAAAAGAAGAACACAAAAGCUUUAAACGAGUUAAACGUCUUUGAUGCUGCAUCAGUGGUGCGUCCAAAUUCCAAUCAGUUCAGGCAACCAACAGCAGGGGAUAACUUUUUGGGUGUAUAA